AUGAAACCAGCCAAGCUCGCCUCAGCAACCAUGAACGAGCAAACUUUCAUCCCGCCUUCCAUGCGCGCUCUGUACUACACCCUCCACCUCCCAACACCCGCGACAGCGGCCGAGGAGCCCGGCAAAGCCCUCCUCACUGGCCCAGACAGCCUAGUCAUCGACACAGAGUUCCCAACGCCCCAACCAUCAGCACACCAAUAUCUGCUGAAGAUCCAAACAGCGGCAUUCUGCCACGACGAGCUGCGGCUCGCCCGAACGCUUAAUCCCAUCAAGACCACGCCGCAAAUCCCACUACAUUCGCUCUGCGGAACGGUAAUUAGCACGCCCGCCGCAGACCACGAGCAGCAAUCCGGUUCGCGGUUCAAGAUCGGCGACGUCGUCUUCGGACUGAUUAGUUACAUACGCGACGGCGGCGCGGCGGACUAUGCGCUCGCCACCGAGGACGAGUUGGCCUUUAAGCCCGGGAAUAUCAGCGCCUCUGAAGCAGCCGCUGUGGCGUUGCCGGCGCUCACGGCGUGGCAGGCUCUCUUCCGGUAUGCGGGACUAAACCCCGAUGCCACGGCGAACGGGACCAGUCAUGAUAAGAAGGGGAAUAGCAAUCACGGCAAUGGGAAUGAGAAGAAACCGAAUGGCAAUGGCAAUGGGAAUGGCAAGAAGAAAGUGCCGCCGUUGCGGGUGCUGGUCACCAACGCGCGGGAUUGCGAGGUCGGCCGGAUAGCGGUGCAGCUACUGCGGACAGACAAGCUAUUCCCCGUGCGGCCUUGGAUUUGCGUCAGCUGCACAGCGGCAGAAGCGGACAUUGUGCGGCGCGAGUGGGAUGUCGACGAGGUGCUUAUGAUCCCGCACCUGCCUGAGCGCAACGAGUGCGAUCUGGCGGGGACGUUUCGGCGGCGACGCUGGGAGGCUGUUGAUGUUGUGCUGGACUGUGCCGGCGGCGAAGUGUACCGGCAGGCGCACGAGGCGGCCGUGGUGCGGAACUAUGGCGCUGUCUUGACGGCGGUGGACUCGCGGCCCGCGCAACAGGCCGUUCCUCCGGAUCGGGGGUUGCGUAGUAAGUUUGUAGCUGUUUCUCCGGAUGGCGCGGCGAUAAUGCGCAUUGGCGGGUUGAUUGAGGAAGGGAAAGUGCGUGGUGUGCCGGAGACGGUGGUGGAUUUGGUCAAUUCGGCGGACUUGUUGGCCUCUGGUGCGGCGGGCACGGCAGGCAGUCGACGGGGAGGCAUGAUGGUGGUGCGUGUCAACUGA